AUGGAGGGCAAUGAGCUGCUGAUGCUGCUGCUACACCCCAAGUGGCUGCUCUUCCUGGGCUUGAUCACGCUCAUCACCCUCGUGUCAGCGGGGAGUGGGGUUUCCUGGUUCUUGAUUUGGAUCCCGUUUUAUGUGCACGAUGCCUUGGCCAUCGCAGCUCUCAUUGGCUGGCUGCGCAAGAGCUAUACCCGUCCCUGGUUUGAUCGUGUCAUGUACACGGGGUUGGUCGUCACCAAGCUUUGGCUGGACGUGUCAAUCCCCCUGAAGCUGGACGGACACACAUCCAUAAGCUACAUUGCAGCGUUUGUACCCUUGCCCGUCACCCUGGCCAUCGCCUUUAGCCUGCUCUAUACCUGGAUGCGCAAGUCGACCAACCAUUCCAGCCGGCGUCGAUCCGCGGGUCGGCCCCGUCGCUACGGAACUCCGCCGCCGGUUGAAUGA